UACGUACACAAGGAAGACACAGACACGGAGGAGAGUACCAAGGAACCCAUCGCAUGUUCUCCGAGUGGUCUCCUGGGUAUCCACUUGAAGACCUGCAAGAAAAUCGCAAGACACCUGUUCUAUCCGAACCCCAAGAAGAGCGGGGUUUACGUCAGCAUCAAGGUCGGAGAGACCACCAAGUACAGCAAGGUCGCCAAGAUGCCGGACGGCAAGAACCAAGACGUCAUCGUUUUCGACGACCUCAAGCACUUUCCUAUAGAGCUCCAUCGAGAGAGAGACCACGCCCAGAACAAGUUGUGUAUCCGGGCGUUUUCGUGGGACGGCUCCCAGCCUGAGCCCACGGCAGUUGGCACGGCAACCCUGCAUCUGUUCGAUAUCGUCAAGGUUGUCGGUGAACUCGAAGUGGAGAUCUGCUUUGUUUAUGGAAUAUUUGGGUACGGCCAGUCGCACCAGUUGGAACAGUACGACCAGGAAGUGAAGGAGAUUUUGAACCACUCCAUGUUCUGUCGCUUGUCUCCACCUGAACAGCGCAUCAGCAAACAUGGCCACUGUGAGCUUCUGUCGAGUCUUCCGAUAGGCCCUCCAUCUUUCAUCCCCUUCCCGACCACCGUGGACAUCGGAAACGGCCGAGAUUUGCCAAAAGGUUCGUGUCACAGUUUGAUAGAGCAGGAGUAUCCCGAACCAACCACAGCCCUGGCGGCGAUCAAGGGUCGACGCAGACUUGCGAAGUUGACAAAACAGCUGUCCAAGUUGCCGAGUGGCAAGGAGAGGACCAAAUUUCUACACGAUCUGAUCGACGAACCCAAAAUGGACGACCCCAAGAACAAAUCCUGGGCUGAAGAGUCGUUUGAGGCGGCCACUGAGGUGAUGGACAUGGCAGACUUCCUCCGGUCCGCUCCAGGUCAGUCACAUGAUAAGGGGAGCGAGGAGGGGGAGGGCAGUGUUCUGUUCUCACUGCUGAGACGAGCCUGGAGCUACACCGUCGGACGGUUGCUCCGGGACCGCGAGUCCAGGCGAGUGCAGCCGGCCAUGGAGCUGCAGGAUGUGCCAGUCGUCACAGUACCAGACGACUGAGGCCCCUCUGGUGGUGUGCACGCUUUACAUACGCUUUGUUCGGUUCAGAAUUCGUUCUCGUUCAAGUUUAUUUUGUCUUC